UCGUUCACGAAUAUUCCGACAGGUAUCGCUACAGUACUCUCAUGCAUUUAGAAAAAGAUAAAAUCGACCUAGAGCUGCGCGUAAUUGGAGUCGAAUAAAAGAGCAAAAAUGUCUAAUUGGAUGAGAUUUGGUCGCGUUUUUUCCCGAAAAUAUGCAUCGGACGCUGCUGGUGGUCAUCAUGCAUCAGCGCAGACAGUGCUUAUGUGGAAGAGGAUUUCGUUUUUCGUAGGCUUCCCGGCAAUAGGACUGGGCCUGGUUAAUUGUUACUUGAAUCAUCAGGCACAUGAGCACGACGAACGUCCAGAAUUCAUCGCGUACGAGCAUAUGAGAGUAAGAACCAAGAAAUUCCCAUGGGGAGAUGGUAACCACAGUCUCUUCCAUAAUCCCAAGGUGAAUCCUCUGCCCGAGGGUUACGAAGAGUAAGAGAGUGGUUUUAUCUAGAUUAUAAUAAUUACGCGAGCAUUAGCAUUCUUUACAAUGUAUCCUACGUUAUAUUGACUUAUGAAUGAUUGAGUCAAUAAAUUGAUAGAGAUGACAUUUA